AUGAGGAUCAAAACUCGCAUAGCUCUAAACACACUUAUGAUGUACAAUCUCAACGAAAAAACGAUAAAAUUGCAGGUAUUUAUUCUGUCAGUAACGACCGAAAAACACGCGAAAGAAGAUACGUCGGAUAAUAUAACCUCGAUACUGCUGAAAACUUAUGAAAGUAAGAUGUAUGACGAAGACGAUACUUCUCAACCUACUUCAUGUACUGCUCCUAUAAUUCCCACUGAAGCUACACGUAAGAAAAAGAGAAGAAAGAGAUCUCAAAUAACGAUUUGUCUUACGAAUUGUCGUUAUGAAUCAAUACGAAAAGUAGCUAGUGCAUUUGGUAUGCGCGAAGUAUCUGAAGACGAAGCUUGGAAUUUUUAUUGGACCGACAUGAGCGUUUCUGUUGAACGAGCUAAAGAGAUGAAAAGAUUUCAACGUAUCAACCACUUUCCUGGAAUGCUUGAGAUUUGCAGGAAAGACUUGUUAGCUAGAAAUUUAAAUAGAAUGCAAAAGAUUUAUCCGAAAGAGUACAGUUUUUUUCCGAAAACGUGGUGUUUGCCUGCUGAUUUUGGGGAAGCUUUAAAUUAUAGCAAGUCACGCAAGAAUAAAACAUUUAUAAUAAAGCCGGAAUGCGGUAGUCAGGGGCGAGGCAUAUAUCUUACCAAAUCUUUAAAAGAUAUCAAACCCACCGAUAAACUUAUUUGUCAGGUUUAUUUAUCAAAACCAUAUCUCGUGGAUGGUUAUAAAUUUGAUAUCAGAGUAUAUACACUUAUAACGUCUUGCGAUCCUCUUAGGAUUUUUGUGUAUAAUGAAGGUCUCGUCAGGUUCGCGACGAGUCGUUACGCGGACCCUAAUGCAAACAAUACGACCAACGUGUUCAUGCAUCUCACGAACUACGCACUCAACAAGCACAGUCGAACUUACGUGUACGACUCCGAAGCGGGAAGCAAGCGGAAAAUAUCGACAUUGAAUAAAGUUCUGCUAUCGCAAGGCGUAGAUCUUGACCAGUUGUGGCACUCCAUAGACCAAGUGAUCGUGAAGACCAUCAUAUCUGCUUGGCCCAUACUUAAGCACAGCUACCACGCCUGUUUUCCGUCGCAUGACAUGGUUCAUGCUUGCUUCGAGAUACUGGGCUUUGAUAUUCUUCUGGACCAUAAGCUUCAUCCUUAUAUUUUAGAAGUAAAUCACUCUCCAAGUUUUCAUACAGACACGCAACUUGAUCGGGAAGUAAAGGAGAGCUUGCUAACUGACACAUUUACCAUGCUAAACAUCUGGCAGUGUGAUAAAAAGCGUGUUCUGGAAGAAGACCGUAAGAGAAUAAGAGAAAGGCUGCUACAGACAAACAAAUUUGCUGAGUAUACACCAAUGGAAGAAAAAGAAUCAGAAAGAAGUCCUUGGCAGACUCAAAUUCAGUGGGAAGAAACACAUUUGGGUAACUUUAGACGCGUGUACCCUGCGGGUGCGCAAUAUGCAGCACUGUUUCAGCAACCUGCAGGGUCACUGUACGCAGGAACAGCAGCAUCACGGGCACGUGGAGAUUACACAAGAGUCCAACGAGAGGAGUUCCAGCAAACGAAAGAAAAGGCGGAGGCCUUGAAGAAGCCUUCACAACCGAAGCCUAAAGAGGGUGAGAAGAAGGACAAGCAAGAAGAUGGGACUGGGGCUACAAAUAGUAAUGAUGAUAAGAUAAAACCACGUCCAAAAGAAGUCAAACGCAAGGAAAAAGAGAAAGAAGACAAAGGAAAACUCGUCGCCAAGUCUUCUCUGGCCCAACAAUCGCUAUCUAAAAAGGUCACUACGCCAGAAGAAAAAGAAACAAAACCUCCAUACGUGCUGUGUUCGUACGAGCCUGACCCCAUCGUGGAAAAAGAAGAAAGAGAACGCGUGAACCUACUAGCGCAGCGUGAUUUCCUCAUACGGAGUUAUGGCAUGCUGGAACAGAUUUACUUGGUAAUGAAAAAAAUGGGUACCUUAAGGCCUGAAGAUGAAAGAAAGUAUGGCGUUUAUGGCCGUCUAUCAGUAGUGUCCCAUUCUCCAAAGAAACUGAUGUAAUAAACACUAUUACAUUUGAUUUAGAAUAUGGAUAUGCUCAAAGAGAAAAGAUAAAAAAAAUUAAGUAGCUGCAGAAGCCUGAAGUAAAGCAGUCAAUUAAUAAAAAUAAAAGAAAAACGGUUAGUUUUGUUCUUGUUAACCAAAGGAACAGAUUUUUGUCGAUCCAUAACAAAAGAAUCCUUCGUUGUCUGGAUUAGUAUUGAUUGUUUAGUUCUAUAUUAACCAAUUUCAAACAUGUCUCGUCCUGAGCGGCAAAUGAAGACAUCACAAGGAAACCUUAGAAAUAUUAGAAGAAAUAAUUCAGAUUAUAACACAGUUCACAAUGAAGAAUCCCAGUUUAAUACCUUAAUUUUUAGGACGCUAAAAGUUCAUUUAAAAUUUCUAGUUUUAUUAUUUUUGGAAGUUAUACUGUUACAAUGUGACGUCAUUAAUACGUAUGCGCAAUGUUUGUAAAAAGAAGUAUUUUGAAUAAAAAAUCUUAUUUACAGAUCGAAUUGUACUGAAGCGAAUGUUUAAUGAAAACUCUCGUAACUUUUAAUUUUCAAACACUUUUAUUAAAAUUGAUAUAUGUA